AUGCCGCUCCAUUUCUCAAGUACAUCUCUACGACAGGUUGCGAAGCUCUUCAACAAGAAUCUUGAUGAAUGGAUAUCGACGUUGCCUCGACCGUUGACAAUAGAACAGUUAGGCCAAGCACUGAAGUUGGAAAAUAAUACAUUCAGAACCGGAUCGCGGCUUGGUGUCCGCACAGCGAAGGCUAUAUCUCGCGAGCUCGAGAGGAGGUAUCUUGAAUUGGCUAAGCGGUAUGAAGCGAUUAUGCCGGCAAUUGACGCCCGAAUCGAAUUCAAGAAAAAGCUUGAAGUGCACAAGAUCCAACAGCACAGAAAACAUAUGGAUGAGGAACUCAAGAGAAAGAUCAAGUUCCAGGCGCUGAAGAAACCUGGCAAGUCCGGGAUAUAUCUCCAACCCAGAGUGAAACGACUGGUGAGCUCGUACGUUAAUAUCAAGUCCACACUGGGAAUUCUUGCCAAGGAAGUUGACACUAUCGAAGCUGUCUUACGCAAGCGUCGCCGAGGGAUUCGUAAGUACCCAGUGAAGCCUAAAUCAGCUGCGAAAGCGCGCAACGUCACUGUCAAGGAUGUGGUGAAACCGGUUGUUCGCAAGAUGACACCCAACCACGUACCCUUCUGCUCUGCUGUUGAGACAUACUACCAAUACCAUACCUCCCAAUUCAUCAUCCUCAGAGCGAGCGCCAUGAACAUUACAUACGCCAUAAGGAAGCGUGUACCCAAUUCCGCCUUCCGACGUGUAGUAUCGUCCAAACCAAGCACAUCCCCCCUCCAGAAGUGGCGUGACGGUUACCAAGAGGCAGCACGUACACAACUCCGUCGCUGGUCCGCCGAGCACACUCGCUUGUACAAUGAUGUAAUCUUCCUCAGAUACCUGAUUCGACGACGCAAACAGGCACUCCAUGGUGACGCCGCUGUCCCAGUCAAUAAAUACUUUGCCAAACCCGGACCUGCAAAGCCCAAGCCAACGAGGAAACCUAGGACCAGAAACAACACUAUUGGCAUUCGGAAAUUCCGCGGUAAACUGCGCAUCCGGACAUACACGACAAAGGGAUCCAGAACCCGCGUUGCUAAACCACGGGGUGGUCCUCCAGUCUUGCGUAUCAGGAGGUAUCGGGGUGAUCCAGUAAGGGAUAGUCUGCUACGAAAGGUUCCUGUGCAAAAGCAACGGUACCCUAGGGCCAGCGAUAGCGAGCAGGUGGCGGAGAGAGCGCGGAGAGCGGAGAGAUCGAGGAAGAAGCGCGAAUUUACCUCUACGGUGGGGGCCUGGCUUGGUAGAGGUUCUGACGAGAAGAAAUCCUCAGCGACGGCUGCGACUGUGGAGAAGCCGAAGAGGGUUUUCGGUGCGGGAUUGCAGAAGCAACAGGAAGAAGCCGCUGACAAGGUGAGCGACACGCAAAGCGCGGCGUCUGGGCAAGAGAACGUGUCAAAGAAUGGUAUGUCUCUGUUGAUAACGACGGCUGAGAAGAUAGAAGAAAAAGGGUCGAAAGCAGGAGGCGGUAGACAAAGGCGAAGACGGUGA